AUGGGCGAUGCCAUGGUUUGCGAGGAGACCAUGGGCGACGCCAUAGCUAUCGAGAGGUCCAUGGGUAAGGCCACGGGUGACGCCGAAGGUGGGCUAGGCAUGGGCGACCUUCCACCUGGGCUUUCAAGUGGCUCCCGAUGGGGCAUAGGCUGUAGCGAUGGCACUUUUGGGCGCUUGGGUACCAGAAAGCAAAGAGAAGAUGUCAUUCUAUAA